GAUAAGUACAGAUAUACGUCCUGCUUUUUUUUAUAUGUACCGUUAGCUGUUGUCUACAGUAUCUCAUUAAAUAUCAUGUAACUUUGUGUUUAGAUACCACUCAACAAAGUAGUGAUGGAUAUACGUCUUUAUGUCAAAGCUGUCGGCUUCUUCCUUUUGGCAGUGAUUGGAAUUCCGGGCAACAUGUAUAUUUUGUUCAAGUUUGCCAUUAUCAAAGUGACAGAAAAGAAGCUCUUGGCAACUAACUCUAUCCUGAUGGUUCUGGCAUUCAUGAAUCUGCUUAUUGUUUUUUCCCGCAUUAUCCUCCAAUUUCUCAAUGCCAUCGGAGUAGAAAAUUUUAUGGAUGACUCAAAGUGCAAAUUCUUUGUCUACACCUAUAGAGUGAGCAGAGCAAUGUCCAUUUGCACCACCAGUUUGCUCAGCUGUUAUCAGUGUAUCAUCAUUGCUCCGCAAACUAAAAUCUGGGUAUAUCUGAAGCAAAAGGCGACACAGAACGUAUUGCUAGUAACUGCAGCCAUUCUGCUGCUCAACCUCAUACUCUACCCCACUAGCAUUAUAUAUGCUAUAGUGAAAAAAAAUUCUACAACCUCACCACAUACACUGCGUUUAGUUUACUGCGACAUGGACUAUCUGACAUAUGAGACUUACAUAAUUAAUGGGGCGAUUUUUGCCUCUAGGGAUUUCCUGUUUGUUGGGCUUAUGACUGUAGCAAGCAUUUAUAUUGUUUAUGUUUUGCUUUGCCAUGAGAAAUCUAUCAAAGGCAAAAGGAGCACAGACCGAGCUCCUGGAAAAUCAGUGGAAUACAAAGCUUCAAGAGCUGUUAUUAUGUUAGUUAUGCUCUAUGUUAUAUUGUUUGGAUUUGACAACUCCAUGUGGAUCUAUACAUUGACUCUCUCCAAUGUGACUCCUGAUAUGAAUGAUGCCAGGAUUGUGCUGGCCUGCUCCUACUCUGCUCUGAGCCCUAUUGUAAUAAUUGCCACCAACCCCAAAUUACAGCAACUGUUUACAUUUUUAAAGAGGAGAAAGUUUUUCUGGCAUAGAAAUGCUCAAGAAAAAGAUAUUCAUGUAAACUGCAUUGAUAAAUAAGUGCUUUUUGAAUUAAGGCUGUACAAACACUUGAUGAUUCUAAACACUGUACUUUACAGAAUAUACUGGAUAUAUGUUCUGUGUUUUUUAGAGCACACUGUUCUGUACAUGAACUUAGAAAAUGUUACUUCAUACACAAACCAAUAUGAUACAUAGGGAG